AUGGAUAUAAAUUAGAAUGAAAGCUCUAUGAAACUAUCAAAAAAGACUGAAAAUUAUUCUUAAAAAGAGGAAAUUUAUGAUGAAAUCUUAAAAUUAAAAGAAAAGUUUAAAACUACAGGAUAAAAAGAUGUUAUUGAAGAGAUUCUUUAAAAGAUUUAUGAAUUACCUCGCAGGGUGAAAGGAUUGGAAAUAAAUUUAAAUUGGUUACAAGUUUUGUAAUAAAGAGAUGGUCAAGUUGAUGAAGGAAAAUAUUAUUACUAUAUUUUUUGGUCUAUUAUCUUAUAAAGGAUUUUCAAAAAGAUUGAAAACAUCAAAGAUAACAAAAAUAAUUAUGAUAGAAACAAUAUUGAAACAAUAAAUAAUUAUUUUGAAUGCAUUAAACAAAUUAUUGUCUAAGGCGAAAUCAAGGAUGAAAACCAUUCUGAUAUCCAAAUUUAAAAAUUAUAGAAUAAACAUGAUUCAGAAAUACUUACACAAGCUUAAAUAGAAACUCUUAAAUUUAUUUUUCAAAAGAAGCAAAAAAAGAUCUUAGGAAUAUAAACGUCUUCUGGAAUCAGAGACGCUCUACUUCUUAAAGAUCCUAAAUAAUGUGGUUUUAUAGUUAAAUCAAAAAAGAUUCGUGAUGGUAAACUGUACAAAUGGGAAAAACCUGUAGAUUUUAUCUUCGAAACCUUAGAAUAGUAUGAAAAUGAAAAAUUAAAGGAUCAUUAAGAAAAAAGAAAAACCAAGGAUAAAACUUCUAAAGAUUAAGAAAUCCAAAGUUCUUUAAAAUGGAUUGGAAAAGAAUCUUACAGAAUUUAAAUCAAGGAAUAAUACAAAGAUUAAGAAAGUACUUACAUUUAUCUUCCUGAUAAGUACGCUUUGCAAGUAAAAAGUUACCUGAUAUACAGAAAAGCCAUGCUGAGUUUAAAAUUCACUAAUAAUAAAUCUUUAUCGGAAUUGUUUGGAAAUAUUGUCUUUUAAUUCAAAUAAAAGAUUAUAGAUCAAUGGUAUUAAAAUUACAUGGUUAAUUAUUGUUAUGAAAUAACUAAAUUUAAAGAAACAAAAGAAGAACCUAAAGAGAAGGAAAAAAGUAUAUAAUAGGAAAAGAUUGUCAAAAAGGAGACUAUGAUGAAAGAGAUUUCAAAUAAUUUUCAGAUCAUUGAUAGAAAUGAUAGAGAAAAAGAAAAAGAAACUAAAGUUGAUAAAAAGCAAUAAUUGUUAAAUUAAAUUCAAAAGCAAGAGAAGGAAGAAAAAAAAGCAAAUAAUAUUUUUAAGAGUGAUGGAAAUAUAAUAUCUCUAAAAGAAAUUGGACUUUAAGAAGAGGAGUAAUUGAAUUAAAUUGAUUUUGAAAAGCUUUAAAGGUUAAGAGAAGAAUAGGAAUGGUAUAUGAAAAAUAAACAGUCCUUAUAAAUUUAAGAAAAUUUGAAGGCUUUUCAGCAAACUUCCCAAUUUGCUCAAAAUUUAGGAGAUGAUUUGAUUAACGAAACCUAAUACAAAUUUUAAUAGGAAUAAGUUUAAAUAGAAAAAAAUGCAAUUUAAGUUUUAGAAGUAGAAAUAUUUUCUCCAAGUUCAAAUGAAAGACUGGAUCAUAAUUAUUCUUUCUUUUUAAAGUAUCAAUAUUCUUGCAUAGAAGGAGAAUCUUAGAAAGUGCUCCAGCUUGAUGAAUAAUAUCAAAUAUAAAAUAGUUAAAUCGAUCUUUAUAAGCUUGAUGAGUAAGACUGUUUUUAUAAGUGUAAACUGCAAAAUAACGAUCCCUUUUGCAUUUCAUAAGAAAUAUUCAGAAAAAGGAGUGAAAACGACUUAGACAUAGACGAUAAUAUAUUUAGCUUAGAGAUAUGCAUUAAAUCAGAAGAUUGCAGCGAUGACGAAAAUUGGGGUAUCUACAAAUUAGGGUUCAAUGAGUAUCUUAAGAAUGUGGAAGGUAAUGAUUACUGGCUUAUCUGCUAGCUUAAAAAUCCAUGGGAAUAAUCUGGAGAUGUGCAUUAUGCGUUCUUGCAUUUAAUAAUAUUUGAUAAAUAGUAUAAAACAUAUUUUGAAUACCUGCAAAGUCUGAAAAAGAACUAAUUAUUUUUUUAAUGCCCUUUUUAUAAUGAUUGUGUAAAUUUGCCUUAUUUUUAACCAGGAUAAAUUUUGCUUGUUUAUAACCUUCUGUCUGUAUUUGAAUAUGAAAAAAACUUUUUAGGAGAAUAUAAAUAUGAAGAAAGAGAAUAAGAAUAGCGAACUUAGGAGGAAUUAAAAGGUGUUUCUUAGUGCUAUGCUGAUAUAAGAACUUUAUAUUAUUUUAUGUACAUGAGUCAAGCAUCAAAGUGUUUGGCUUAUCUCACUUUUUAGUAAUAGAUUUGGUUGAAAUUCGAAGACAAGCUUUACGAAAGCAAUCCAAAUGGAUAAUACAUUUCAGACUUUUACGAAAUGUGUAGAGAAGGAGUUCCUGUUGAAAAUAGAUUUGCAAUUUGGUUUAACAACUCAAGUCUAUUUAAGAAUGUUGGAGAUAUAGUAUUCACUUUGAACGACUUUUGUUCAGAUAUCCAUCAUCUAAGUGAUAAUGUCUAAGUAAUCGAGUAAAUAAUUAAAGAAAAUUGGCCAUCAGAUAUUUAUAGUAUGAAGCACGAUGAAAUGCAAGAAUUGAUAAACAAUUUAGUAUUUAAAAAGAGAGAAAAAGUUUAUAAAAUUAUUUCAGAAAUAAGUCAUGCGUCUUGCGUUCAUAUGGUUCCUUAAAUGCUUUUAGAUUUGAAUAUGAGAUUUAAAAGUUAACUGAUUUCGAAGGUAUAACUGUCUGGCAGAUAUAAUUAGAUAGUUUAGAUUAUAAAGGACGUAAUAUUGGUUGGAAUACUAGAUUAUAACUCUAAAUAGGCAGAAGAAACGUAAUAAAAGGCUACUUUAAAAUAGAUUUCUAUUAUCAUAUAUCAUUAAGGUCUUAUAGAUAUUGUGGAUAAAUUGAUAACUUUAAAUAAAAAGCAUAAGCCAAAUAAAAAUCUGCAAGAGUAUAAGAUAUAAUCUGAUGUAUUUUGGACUCUGUAUUGCUUUUAUAAGGACUGUCUUAAAUAUUAUAUCAACUCUGAGUAUAAAGGGAAACAAAUUAUAAAUGAUCUUUUUGUCUUAAAUUAUUGUUUUAAGAUUUUUAUUCAGGAUUUGUGGGAUUACUUAGAUUAGCUUUAUAUCAAUACAGACUUUCUUUUUGAAAAGGCUUUCUUAUCUAUGUUUGCUAAUCUUUUUUCUAGAGAACUCUUGUAUAGAAUAUGGGACAUUAUAUUUUUAGAGAUAUUUAGAAAAAAAAUAAAACCUAAUUGGAUCCUAAUUUCUGUUGCUAUUACUAUUCUGUACAAUCUCAAAGAAAUACUUUUAAAGGCUACUUCAAUCGAUGACGUUACCAUAAUUAUCAGAAAUUACUGCAACUUCGAAACAAACUAUAAUGAAUUCAUCAAAAAUAUAUACUUUUGGAUAGAUAAAAUCUUCUAUUAGAAUAACGAAGGAAGCAAAGACGACGUUUUCGAUGAUCAAUAUCUUACUGAAAAAAUUUAAAUUUAGGAAGACUACCUUGAGCAAUUUAAUACAACAUAAAAAGAUCAAAAUUAAUAAGUUAAAUAAACCAAAGAAAAGAAAGCUGUUUCAUCAGAUGAAAAAGACGAAAAGCAUUUGUAAAAGCUUAAAAACAUACCUUUUUCCACUCUCUAUGAAAAAUACUAAGGCAUGAAAAACAACCUUCAAGAAAUAUUUGAUGAAAAGAAAGUUCCAAAGGAAUUUUAAGAUUUUGAAUAGAUUUAUGGCGUUCUAACUAACCAACCUCAUUAUGUUCAUGUGGUUGUUCAUUGUUGCUCAAAGAAAUUAGCAGAAAAUAGCGAGAUGCAAUUUAUUUAUAAAACUUCUGUUGAUGGAGAUAAACCGAAGGUGAUUUAUUAUCAAUCGAAAAAAUAAAAGGAUGAAGAUAAUUGGAUUUAGUUUUAAAUAGACAGCAAAAAAUUCAAAGAAGAUAAAACAUUGGGCAAAGUGACUAUUUUGAUUGAUGAAAACAAUUUAGAAACUUAAAAAACUAAUCUAAUAAACAUCGAUAGAAAUCAAAAAAAGAAUAAGAAGCAGUACAAAGGCUAUAUUGAGGUUGAUAAUUUGCUUUAUGAUUAAGUUGUCAAAUUAAAUAUCUAGAUGCAAGAAAGAAUUAUCAAAGCUAAUCAAAGUUACUAUGUCCCAACUGGCUAUGCACUUGAAUGCAGUGUGAUUGUAUAAACUUGUCACUCUUAUGAUGUCAUUCAGUCUUUAUCAAAAAGAGUUUCUUUUUAUUACUUAAAGAAUAUUGGAAAAAAAAUCACUGAAGAUUAAAAGAGCCCACAUUAUUUAGUUUACAAACACUAAUUAAAUAAAGAGAAGUCAGUAGAAAUUUAAUAUUUUCCCUUGUACCCGAAUAUCUUAUUUGAAAAGGAACUACAAACUAAUGUUUAUAAAUCUAAAUUAGAUUUUUACAAUGUUGACAUGAUAAAUUAGUGGAAGAUAAAUUCUUAUAUACCUUCAAAUAUUUCAAAAGUUAUUAUUGAUAAAAUUCUGCCUUAGAAAUUCAAUCUAAAUGAGCAAGAAUAGCUGAUCAGCAAGCUUACAUCUCAAAAUGGCUAAUUCUAUCUCCUAGAUUUGUUCUUAAUAUGCAUUAUUUAUUCCCAAGAAUCUUUCCCAUCAAAAGCUUCAUUGAUUUUUAAGUAAAUAAAUUAAUUAUUUUUAUUAAAUUUCUAAGUUAUUUUCUUAGAUAUUUAAAUCUGUUUGAAAGAAGAAGAAGCUAAAAUACAAUCCUUGAUUUAACUGUGA